AUGUCGCCCUCAAUCUUACGUUACCAGGGAGUGCUUGGAUAUACGACACCACAUGAAUUCAUUGCAUGUCAAGGUCCAAAUGUUGCGUCAGUCAAUGAUAUGUGGAGAAUGAUCUGGCAGGAAAAGUCAACGAUAAUUGUGGUUGUUACUAACGUCGUUGAAGGAACCAAGCGAAAAUGCGAGCAGUAUUGGCCAGAAGUAAAUGAUGGUAAAAUAUAUGCAAACAUUAAUGUAGCGAACGCCGGCGAGACCAAAUAUGGACAUUUUGUGGUUAGAAAUCUACACCUUCAGAAGGUUGGGACGGAAGAGGUACAUAAUGUUUUUCAAUAUCAUUUCACUGAUUGGCCAGAUAAGAGUGUUCCCCAGGCUGUUCCACAUUUGAUUGACUUCAUCUACGCGUUUAGAACAACACAGCAGAAUUCUCCAAGCGACAGUGGACCAGUCAUAGUACACUGCAGUGCUGGAGCUGGAAGGACAGGUACAGUUAUUGUAAUCGCUUCAAUGUUGGACAUGGCAAAGCAAGAAGGGAAGGUAGACGUGUUUAAUUUUGUGCGGAGCAUGAGGGAGAAACGUAUCCAAAUGGUUCAGACCGAGGAGCAAUACAGAUUCAUCUAUGCCGUUUUACUUGAAGAGUUGUUCUGUGGACAGACACAAAUUCCAGUAACUGAUUUAUACCAAGUAAUCCAUGAACAGCAACAGGUGCAUGGAACGCACUCAACUUUUGAGUACCAGCUAAAGGAUGAUCGUACAUCACAUGCCAGGCUUCCCGACAACAUAUUGAAGAAUCGUUCCAAAGUUGUGUUACCACUAAAUAAAGCUCGUCCUUUCUUGAUGACUCCAUGCGCCAACGGAAAUGAUUACAUCAACGCAUCAUUCUGCAACGGCUACAACAAGAAAAACGCAUUUAUUGUCGCCCAGGCCCCAAUGUCUGAGCCUGCUGACACUACUGUUGAUUUUUGGCGUUUAGUGUUAGAUUACAAGACUGACAUAAUCGUACAACUGAAUGACAAAGACGAAACUUGCGCCGCAUACCUUCCUCAACAGAUGAAUGAAGAGCUGAAGAUUGAUAAAUUUACCAUUAGCAUCAAAUCGUCUGAGCAGAACGACUUAAUGAUCGAACGGAAAAUCAUGCUACAGAAGGACAAUGAUGUACAAGAGAUUCUGCACUUCGAGUUUCGGCAGUGGUCUAAGGCAGAACCUGUUCCGAAGGUUGACUCGUUUGUCCGGUUUAUUGCUGCCGUUCAAAGUGGUCACAUUCCUCAAAGUAAUCGGCCAAUCAUCAUACACUGCCUGGAUGGCGCGGUUCGAUCAGGAUUGUUCUGCUCUGUUUAUUCAAUAAUCGAUAAAAUUAAAGAAGAGAAAAUUUUAGAUGUAUUCCAAAUACUGAAAACCCUGCGAUCUGUUUGCCCUACAAUGGUGAACACUAAGGUGCAGUAUAGCUUUUGCUAUGAUGCAGCGCGGUGUUACCUUGACGGAUUUGAAGCUUAUGUCAACUUUUAGUUAUAACAUAGUCCAUACCGUAUGGUACUCAGAAGACACCUGAUAGUCAUAAGUUUAUUACUGUUAAUUUAAUUGUUAAACUGGAUAAGUAUUAUCAUUUACUAAAAUAUAUAUCAUAAAAUAGUAUCUUUGUUUUCACAUCAAACAGCAAAAAAAGUUACAAAACUAUUACAGAAUUCAAAUAAAUGAAAUCUCUAUUGCAAUGGCAAAUGAAUGUUUUAAUAUUUAAGUUGUAAAAAAAAAAACAAUUAAUGAACAUACAAUAUUACAAUACAAACCUGUUUACAAACAAUUCUGAAAAAUAAGUGACACACACGUCAUCUGUUCAAAUAAAAACAGAGCAAAUCAAAGCACUGUAAGGUAGAGGAAGAAGCAUGCUAUCAUUAUUCAGAUUGAAUGAUUGUUCUAUAGUAGUGGAACAAGUCAUCUCGGCUAGGGAUUCUAAAGCAUGGUUUCCAUAAAAAUCGCUACACAGUCGCCAGAGCCUUUUCAUUGCAAUCCCUACACUUCGCAGCAGUCCCCGACGCAAUCGGGAAUGCUUCCUCCUUCAACUGACCAAUCAGCAUCGCCAAAUAAGUUGGUGAUGGCGUGUAGCGAUUUUAUGGAAACCAGGCUUAGGUCGUAGGUUCACUCAAUAGGCUUGGUUCACUUUAUAGAACCUGGAAUAUCACUGAAGAAUGACCAUUUUCUUUAUUUACUAAAGUUGAAAUGUUACCAUAACAGUUUAAAAAAAAAAACUAUGUUCACCGUCACAAAAAGUCAGUGGUAGAGGGUAGUGAUUCUAUAGAACAAUGUUAUAUUUAAUAUACGGUACAAUGUAUUGGACAAUUUUAAUUGACCUUUCUAAAAAUGACUAGAUAAUCACAAAAUUACAAAUAUUGUUGCAAUAGACAAAAUGGAAUCUACACAUUUUGGCAGUUUUAGCGAAGGGGAGGUUGUAAACAGGUCGCAGGUAUUAGAAAGACAAAAAGUAAUAUUACCAAACGAUAUGAAACAUUUUACAAAAUAUACACUGUUAUUUUUGAGGAUUGAUUUUAACUCCAACUCCUUAAAAGGUAAUGCCUUGAAAAUGACAGUGUAGCCAAUAUUGUAUCCUAUUUUCCAAUAAUUUAUAAUUGCUUUAGAUAUAUAUCUAAAUAUGUAUUCAUAGGCACCAUCAUGUUCACUCUUUUUAUGUAUUGAUUGUAAUUUCUGGUUUAAUGGUCAAGGAUUUUUAUUUUUAUAGAUUUUGAUCUAUUUUUACUAACAGAUAAUUAGUUUUUUUGUAUUUUUUAUUUGAUUUAUACUUUAAGAAUCAAUCUUUAAAACAUUAUUUUUUAAGAAAGUCAAGUCAUUAUAAUGUUGAUAAAACACAAUACAUCACCUCAUCUAAAAAUCAAUAAUGGUGAGUGUUUUGUCUAAUGGCCGCAUGAUUUGGCUCCAGAUGUUGCUUUCGAAAUUCCUUGAAUGCUGUGUUUAAUUAUAAGGCUUGUAGAUUAUCUAGGCAGAUUAUGCUAUUGACAGUGUCAACAGAAAAUUCAUGACAAAGUACUACUGUAUCAAUAAUUCAAAAUGGGAAUUAUCCAUAAUAAUGUUGAGUUUAUUGCGAUCUAGUAAACACACCUUAGGUCUACACAAAAAAUAAUUUAUUGAACUUGAAAAAAAAAAUAUUUUAAGGUAGAAUAUUUUACAAAUAUAA